CAAAGAGUCAAUCAUGAUUCAAAUUGGCAAAAUGCAAGACAAAUGGUUACGAUUAGAUAUCGUUGGAAGCACGAAUCGUGCGCGUUCCUUAUCUUCGGAAACGGUGGCCCGGGGUAACGUGGAGAAGGAGGCGGCUUGAAGUCAUUUAUCAACCUCAUGUCUUGCUCGUCAGUUUGUAGCUUGGAAUCGGUUCACCUCCAUCUCAUAUUAUUUUCUUACCGUCGAGAUGGCGACUCCGUUCACCACGAAGACUGAUCUCGAGCAAACGACAUCAGCGACUCCAUCUUCCAUCCACGUCGCCCAGAACCUCCGUCUCGACCCCUAUGGAAUACCACUCUCCCCAACCCCAGCUUCGGACCAGAAAGACCCUCUGAACUGGUCUGCCGGACGCAAAUAUGUGCUCUUCGCCGUGGCCUGCUACUCGACUUUCCUCUGCACAUACCUAACGACCUCACCUGUCGCCACGUUCCCCCAGCUCGAGGAGCAAUUCGGCGGCAGCUACUCGCAAGUGAGCUGGACGCUCGCCGUGCCAUCUCUCGGACUUGCCAUCGGCCCAUUGCUGUUCUCUUCGUUCGCAGACAUAUACGGUCGUCGGCCCGUUCUCAUAGCUUCCAGUGUGUUGACGAUGAUCGUGACGGGAUGCACGACCAUCAAGAACAUCUCGUACCCGGGGUACAUGGUUUUCCGAUUUCUACAAGGCCUCACGGCUGGUCCUCGCGUUGUUGUUUCGGCUGUCAUUAUCAGGGACAUCUUCUUUGAGCACCAGCGUGGUUUUGCAGUGGGCGUUUGGGUCAUGUCCAUGGAUCUUGGAGGCGUCAUUGCUGGAGUCAUCAGUGGAUUUACUGCGCUCGCGAAUCAAUAUUGGGCAGGUUACCACGUCGUCAUCGCGUUCGCCAUUCCCCUCUGCUACGAGAUGUUCUUCAUGCGCGAGACUCUCUACCCUCGACAAUUGAUACUCGAUAGGGAGCAAGCACAGCAAGAUAUCUCAGACAUCAAGCGUACAACCGACAUUCGAUUCUGGCACAUCACCAAAAUCCCCGGCGUCAACCACCCACCGGCCUACCAAAACAUCAUCCACUUCUUCAAACUCCUCGAGCACCCCCGCCUCCUCUGCGCCAUCCUCCCCUUCGUCUUCCUCCUAUACUGGUGGAUAAUGUCCCUCCUAACCAUGGUCCCCGCCGCCUACGCCACCUACAGCGUCCAAGCCCAAGGCCUCAUGUUCCUAGGCCUCGCCAUCGGGCUCAUCGGCGCCGAACUCCUCAUCUCGGGCCGCCUCUCCGACGUCAUCGUCUCGCGGCUCGCGCUGCGCAACAACGGCGUCCGCACGCCCGAGAUGCGACUUUAUCUCGGGUACCCUGCGAUCGUGCUGGGGGCCGUCGGGCUCGUGGUUUGGGGGUGCGCGAUUGAUUAUGCGUGGCAUUGGGUCGUGGGGCAGGUGGGGUUUGUCGUCUUCGCCGCCGGAUGGCAGAUGUGCAACACGGCCGUCUCAGCGUACGUGUUCGAUUGCUACACCGAGCAUAUCAUAGAGAUCAUGCCGUUUUACACUUUCUUCUAUAACUUAUCAGCGUUCAUAGAACCGUGGUUCAUAAACUACUGGGUCGAAUCUGUCGGAUACACAUGGUGCUUCGCGACGCAAGCGCUCAUCGCGCUCCUUUUGAUACCCGUGUUUGUGGCGUUGCAGCGGUGGGGACCGCUGCUGGCGAAGAAGUUGGAACUCGAUUGAACUGGACUGGACAUCGGGAGAGGAGAGUGAAGUGUGUACUGUUCUAAGGGGAAUUGCUCAUGUUGUACGGAGAGGAGGAGAUGAGGAGUCCAGGUAGUUAGUAAUGAA